CUUCCGACGGCCCCCGCGGUGAUUCCAUCACUCGGCUUCCUUCCCGGCCUGCCUCGCGCCGGCGGCCGGGCUGGGCCAGAGCAGCCCAAGAUGGCCGACUUCGAGGAUCGGGUGUCGGAUGAGGAAAAGGUACGCAUAGCUGCUAAAUUCAUCACUCAUGCACCCCCAGGGGAAUUUAAUGAAGUAUUCAAUGAUGUCCGGCUACUACUUAAUAAUGACAAUCUUCUCAGGGAAGGGGCAGCACAUGCAUUUGCCCAGUAUAACAUGGAUCAGUUCACACCUGUGAAGAUAGAAGGCUACGAAGAUCAGGUCUUAAUUACAGAGCAUGGUGACCUGGGUAAUAGCAGAUUUUUAGAUCCAAGAAACAAAAUUUCCUUUAAAUUUGAUCACUUAUGGAAAGAAGCAAGUGACCCCCAGCCAGAGGAAGUAGAUGGCGGUCUGAAAUCAUGGAGAGAGUCCUGUGACAGUGCUUUACGAGCCUAUGUGAAAGAUCAUUAUUCCAACGGCUUCUGUACUGUUUAUGCUAAAACUAUAGAUGGACAACAGACCAUUAUUGCCUGUAUUGAAAGCCACCAAUUUCAGCCUAAAAACUUCUGGAAUGGUCGCUGGAGAUCAGAGUGGAAGUUCACCAUCACACCACCUACAGCCCAGGUGGUUGGAGUGCUUAAGAUUCAGGUUCACUAUUAUGAAGAUGGCAAUGUUCAGCUGGUUAGUCAUAAAGAUGUACAGGAUUCAGUAACUGUUUCGAAUGAAGUCCAAACUGCCAAGGAGUUUAUUAAAAUCAUAGAGAAUGCAGAAAAUGAGUAUCAGACGGCAAUUAGUGAAAACUAUCAAACAAUGUCAGAUACCACAUUCAAGGCAUUGCGCCGGCAGCUUCCAGUUACCCGCACCAAAAUCGACUGGAACAAGAUACUCAGCUACAAGAUUGGCAAAGAAAUGCAGAAUGCUUAAAAGAAGAAAGAAAGAAAUGCAGAAUGUAAGAUUCUUCAAUAUAUGGAAAGAAAAGAAUUCAAUGCCAACACAUGGUCAUAAGAUAAAUAAGUGAUUUAUAAACAAGAGUGAUAUUUUGCUAGGGCUUUCAAAGUUAACAGGUUUUCUAGCCUCAUGAAAUACUGUUGAUCCUAUAGCAUUGUCUUAAUUCUUUUGUGUUCUCUGCCUUGUAAUUUUCUGUUACCACCAUAUCUACUUGUAAAUCUUUUGUUGUUAAUUUUGCUACAUUUAACGUUGGAGAGAUCGAUCGAUCCUGGAGUCAUUUUACUGUUAAGAAAAUUUUCCUAGCCAUGAAGUCCUGUUACUGAUUGAGACAGGUAAUACGCUCCAUACUCUUCUCCCCCUAUCCUUUAAAGCACUGCUGGUACUCGAAUGGUUUUUACUGAUCCACCAGUGGCUGAAGAAGCAAUGCUGCAGACUACAGCUAAGUGGAAGACAGGGCCAUCCUUUUCCCUCCAACUGCCUUGAUCAUCAUUUAUAGCAUCUCACAGCUGAUGUUUUCAACAGUCUGGAUUGGAGUUUUCAAGUCCUUGGUGGGACAGAGGGUGUACAAAGGAAGUUGCAAAGGAAGUUUUCUGGUAAUUCCAUGAUAGCCAGCUUCUCUGAGGAACUUGUUUUUAAAUCCAAAGACAUGAACCACAUUCCCUGCACGUUUGCUUUGUUUCCCUUCCCUCACUGUCUCCUCCCACUCUCGUACAUUGUAGUUAAUAGGCAUCUGCAUUUUAGAAGAGUUUUACCCAUUUAUGUUUGUUUUAUUUUUAAAAUUUUCAAGAACUGCUGACAUACUGUGGAUGUUGUAGUGCAUAAAACUUGAAAAAUGCAGAUAUGGAAGGAAUACUAGGUACCUUGUGCUUUAAUACUUUGUGGCAGGAUGUACUAUGAACAGAUGAAUCAAAUAGCUAUGUAAAUCACAAAAACUAAAAAUGAACCAAAGUGAAAGGGUAAUUCCCAGGUGUCUUUCUAUUGUAACCUGUUAUUUAAGGGAAUACUAGUGAUUUCUUCUAAAUAGGAUAUACAACUUGUUUUCAAUUACUCAUCCUCAGUCCUGCCUGCCAAGAACUCAAAUGUAACUGUGAUAAAGCAACCCUUCCCAGGUAUAUUGGCAGGCCUGUAUGGGAUCUCUGAAUACACAGGUGACAUAGAGAUGGUAUGACAGCUGGUAGUGGUGGAUUCAUUUACAUUGUUUACACUUCUAUGGCCAGGCCUUAAGGGUAGGUCAAUUUUUUAAAAACCAAGUAGUGUCUUCCUACCUAUCUCCAAAUACAUGUCAAGAAAGAAGAGUGUUGUGCUUCAGCUCUGUUUUUGCUCAGUAAUACAGUCAAGCAAAAGUUUGUUUCCAAGUGACCAUUGAGCUGUGUAAGCAUUUUUGUUUAUUUCAAAUAAAAUAUAUUUGUAUUAUUUGUCA